UAGCACCCAUCAGUUGCUUACCAAGGCACCUUCAGGCUGCACCCUGCAGGAGAAAUCUCUUCCACGGCCCCUACUGUGACCAUAGCAACAUGGAUUUAAGGCUUUGCUGUGCCUGGAUUUCCAUCCUCCUCCUCCUGCCCAGCCUCUCAGAUGGAGGGAAGCUCCUGGUGGUGCCCAUGGUGGGAAGCCACUGGCUGAGCAUGCAGGAGGUGGUGGAGGAGCUGAGCCGGAGAGGACACGAGGUGGUGGUGCUGGUUCCUGAGGUGAGCUGGCAGAUGGAGACGACGCAGGCCUACAAGGUGGUCACGUACCCGGUGAGACAGACCCUGGAAGAGCUGGAUAAUGCUUUCCGAGAAUACGUUGUUGUACAUCUGAUGAAGAAGCCUUUCCCCCUCAAUGCCCUGGCAUUGUACAAAGCCUCAGUGCACGUGUUCAGCACCUUCCUUGGUCAGUGCACGGACCUGUUCCGCAGCCCGGAGACCCUGAAGUUCCUCAACCAAAGCGGCUUUGAUGCCAUCCUGACAGAUCCGUUCUUCAUGUGUGGGGCCAUUCUCGCCCACCAUCUCUCCCUUCCCUUUGUGUUCUUCAUGAGGGGAUUGCCUUGCAACCUGCACUUUUCAGCCCCACAGAGCCCGAGCCCUAUGUCCUAUGUCCCAAGAACCUUCAGCUUCAACUCGGACCGCAUGACUUUUUUCCAGCGGGUGGAAAACGCCCUGAUUUCCCUCCUGGAACUUGACUACUGCAACGGUCUCUAUGCAGAAGCACUUAAGCUUUCCUCAGAAGUUCUUCAGAGGGAUUUGUCUCUCACAGACCUCGUGAACUCUGCAGCUGUUUCGAUCAUGAGAUUUGACUUUGUGUUCGAGUACGUCAGGCCAGUGAUGCCCAACAUGGUCUUUAUUGGAGGGAUCAACUGUGCUAAGAGGAAACCACUGCCUCAGGUAGAAAGAUUCUGGUGGUACCUCAAGAUGGAAAUCAUUGGCUCAGCAUGCGCCCAGUGGUGGAGAAACUGCAGCAGAAGGGACACGAAGUUGUUGUGGUUGUACCCCCUACCAGUCUGUAUAUGAAGUCAAAGGAGCCUCAGAAUUACACAGUGAAAGUGUAUCCAAUAUCUUACACCGAUGAAUACUUGGGUGAAAUGCUCAAGACCUUUGUUAAUGCCCAUUUUAUUGAACAAUCUGUUUGGAAUGUUGUUCUUACCUCGUACAAAAGCACGAUAGAAAUCUCCUCAGUCUUCUUCACCAACUGCAAGAGCCUUCUGCAGAACGAGGAGGUGAUGCAGUACUUGAAAGAGAGCAAAUUCGACGUGGUUUUCACAGAUCCCAUCCUGAUGUGUGGGCCCCUGGUGGCUGAGUAUCUUUCCGUUCCUUCCGUCUACUUCCUGCGGGGCUUUCCCUGUGGAAUGGAUUCUGCUGCUACCCAGUGUCCAA